AAAAAGGCUAGACACCAAUAAGAAGGGCUGCAUAGGGCAUCAGCCAUGGCAAUGGUACUGUGGUGGACCCUGUUGUGGAUAUCAGGAUACUGUCACAUUCUUUCAGCUGAGGUGUUGGUGCAGUACAAAUACUUCCUAUCUGAGCAGAUACGGGGGGUCUCUCUACCAGCCCCUGCUGAGACCAACGGGACAGAAUUCAUCUGGGAGUGGACGUCACAUGAUGGAAGCUACACAAACACUCUGAUAAUAACUAUACAGUCUGAUGGAACGUAUUCAUGGAAUUUGAAGAAGGCGAACAUGUCUAUUUCAAAAGAAAGAACAUAUGACAUUAUUCUCAGACCAGAGUUACAAAAUGCAGGAGUUUUUACUUUUAUUCAAACUAAACCAAAGAAAGUAAAAGUGGCCCAGUUUGAAGUGUUCGCUAUAAAAGUGGAACCGUUGAGCUGGUCCAAAGAAAAUGAAGGUUGUGAUAUGAUCAGGAGCUGUGAAAUAUCACGCCUUCCAGAUUCAGCUACACUGGACUGGGAAAGGGACAGAGAACCUACUGCUAACACAACGCUGAUCUACAACAACACUGCCCACAUCAUCAUCCACAGUGCUGACCAAUACAGUGAGGGAUCAUAUUACUGCACACUCAGAUGGAACGGAGCACUUAUUUUCAGCAUUCCCAGUACAUUUGAAGUCAACAAGGGUACACGUGGCACAGAGCACAUUCUGUACAGAGGGAGUUUGAGCAGCAGUGAGGUGGUGCUAAUCUGCCAUUCUCUGAUCUCAUACGGAACAGCAUAUUGGCAAUGGGAGCCAUCGUCUGGGACAAAUGCAAUCCGUGUGGCCUCAGCUGAUAAAUAUGAGAAUGCUUCGAUUUCCAUGGAGGUCGAUAAAGAGAGAUUCUCAUCUGAGGGCUUUGAUGGGCCUAAUUUCCCUCUGAGAAUCUCACCGGUGAAGUUUGGAGACAGUGGAAGGUACUUCUGUUACUCUAAACACUCCCUGAUGGCCACAGUAAUGCUGGUAACUGUUCAGGUCUCAGCAGUGCCCCCUGGUGGUCUGUCCAGGAAUAAGGCAGUUGUGCUGAACUGUGAGGUAUCACAGGUGAUCGGCUCUGUGACCCUGGCCUGGCUCCGGAUGAAGGGGGGCAGGGGGGAGAUCAUAAAACAGGAGGUCCUGAGUGAGGGGCACCCAGAAAAGAUGCUCAGUCUCACCCUGCCCAUUCUGAGCAGAGACCAGCUGCACUGGGCCUGUGCAGUGUUCACAGGGAGCAUGCUCAGAGCACAGGUCCCCCUCACACUGCCAAAGCCAGAUAAUCGCAGGGUGCUGGUGAUCGGUUUGGCCUGUACUGCUGCUAUGUGUGUUGGAGUGCUGUUGCUGUUAGGAGGUUUGUUGUUUCGGCAUCUGAAAACAACAGCAGGUCCCUCCUCAUCACCAGCUGAAGGGAACGGUGCAGCUGAUGCAGUCUACAGUAACGUCACAGAUGUGCAGCAGGGUCAAGUAGGAAACCAGGAUACCCCUAAAGAGGAGAAUGACAGUGAGGAGCUCCAAUACUUAAUAUUUUCCUUGUCCACUCCCAGUCUUGUGUUGGUACAGUACAAAUACUUCCUUUCUGGGGAGGGACAGGGGGUCUCUCUACAAGCCCCUGCUGAGACCAACGGGACAGAAUUCAUCUGGGAGUGGACGUCACAUGAUGGAAGCUACGCAAACACUCGGAUAAUAACUAUACCUUCCGAUGGGAAGGUUAAAUGGAAUUUGUCUAUUACAAGACAAGGGAAGUAUGACAUUGUUCUGCAACCAAAGUUACAAAAUGCAGGAGUUUUUACUUUCAUUCAAACUAAACCAGAGAAAGUAAACUUGUCCCAGUUUGAAGUGUUCGCUGUAAAAGUGGAACCAUCUCACUGGUUUACAGGAUAUAAAGGUUCUGAUGUGAUCAGGAGCUGUGAAGUAUCACACCUUCCAGAUUCAGCUACACUGGACUGGGAAAGGGACAGAGAACCUACUGCUAACACAACGCUGAUCUACAACAACACUGCCCACAUCAUCAUCCACAGUGCUGACCAAUACAGUGAGGGAACGUAUAACUGUACACUCAGAUGGAACGGAGCACUUAUUUUCAGCAUUCCCACGACACUUCAAUUCUACAAAGGUACACAUGGCACAGAGCACACUCUGUACAGAGGGAGUUUGAACAGCAGUGAGGUGGUGCUAAUCUGCCGUUUUCUGAUCUCAGACGGAAAAGUUUAUUGGCAAUGGGAGCCAUCGUCUGGGACAAAUGCAAUCCUUGUGGCCUCAGCUGAUACAUUUGAGAAUGGUUUGAUUUCCAUGGACAUAGAAAAAGAGAGAUUCUCAUCUCAGCGCUGUGGAUUUAAUUUCUCUCUAAGAAUCACACCAGUGAAGUUUGGAGACAGUGGAAAGUACUUCUGUUAUUUUGAUCGCCACCUGAUGGCUACAGUAACUCUGGUAACUGUUCAGGUCUCAGCAGUGCCCCCUGCUGGUUUGUUCAGGAAUCUGUCAGUUGUGCUGAACUGUGAGAUAUCACAGGUGAACGGCUCUGUGACCCUGGCCUGGCUCCGGAUGAAGGGGGUCAGGGGGGAGAUCAUAAAACAGGAGGUCCUGAGUGAGAGGCACCCAAAAAAGAUGCUCAGUCUCACCCUGCCCAUUCUGAACAGAGACCAGCUGCACUGGGCCUGUGCAGUGUUCACAGGGAGCAUGCUCAGAGCACAGGUCCCCCUCACACUGCCAACACCCAUCACUGAACCUGAAGAGCCAAAGCCAGAUAAUGGAUGGAUGCUGGCGAUCGGUUUGGCCUGUACUGCUGCUGUGUGUGUUGGAGUGCUGUUGCUGUUAGGAGGUCUGUUGUUUCGGCGUCUGAAAACAGCAGCAGGUCCCUCCUCAUCACCAGCUGAAGGGAACGGUGCAACUGAUACAGUCUACAGUAAUGUCACAGAUCUGCAGCAGGGUCAAGUGGAUGGGAAUGGUGAUUCCAGUGCAGCUGCUGCAGGCUACAGUAACGUCGCAGAGCUGCAGAAAGAUCAAGGUAACGGGCUUAACUGAACUAUUAACACGCUGCAUGAACCGGUGAACUCAUUCAUGGGAUGGAUCGCAUUAUGGGCCAGGUUCUAGUCCUGGACUAAAUUCAAAACUCCACUUUGUCCAGGAAUAAGCUUAAUCUGUGUCAGUGAACUCGGCCCCAUACGUUCCAUGCGCCAAAUGUGUGUGGGAAAUUAAUUACACACUGAACAACUGAAAUUGGGACCAUUUUUGGCGCAUCA